AUGACAAGUACUCCACCACCUACUCCUUCCAGUACGACGCUUUUCACUACACGCGACUAUCGUGGUGCCACAAUCGAAGACUUGAACAUUCCACAAGCAAUAUCAACCAACCCAACCUCAUCUAUAUACGAUGCUAUUGAAAUUGGAUACGAAUACGAAUUCACAUAUUUACCAGUAAUACACGAGUUGAAUAAACGAUUAUUGGGGGUCGUCAAUUUAGAACAGUUUAAAAAGGGCUCCACUCCAACACAGCAGCAACAACAACGACAACUAUCAUCAUCCACAGGUGAACAAAAAGAGCCAAUUGUUUUCAAUUACAUGUUGUGGUUUAACCCAUUAACUAAACGCAAAUACGAGCGUGAAAUCUUACAUAGAGGAGGAAACAAGGAAUCAGCAACAGUGGGUAAUACAACUCCCAAGACCAAGAUUUUGAAACCUAGAGGUAAACGGUACAGUGUUUUAACUCCGUAUAGUCCCUUGGAGGAUUUAGCUUCAUUUUUCAAUAGGGGUAACUAUUUCGCCAUUAUUACUAAUGAUCUGGGUCAAUUUGUUUAUGGAGUGGUGACACCACAAGAUUUAGUCAAGUAUGAACAAAGUCGACCAAAGUUGUAA